AUGGUGAAGUAUUAUCCUGCAGAAAGUUCACGCAAGUCAGAGUACGCCACAAACACCAAUAUGCAGUUAUUUCUGCUACAAAUACUUGCACUGGCUGCGCUGGUUGAGGCUGAGACGAUACCAAAGCAUCUAAGGGACAAGUUCAGGAAGGCGGCCAGCUUUUUGGAAAUCGCCGAAAGCAUCGAGAUUCUCUACCAUCCGCUAUACACCAACAAGCACAUCCAGAAGUCGUUCUCGACUGUGGGACACGCGCUAGGGUAG